CUUUUAACAAGAAAAAAACAGUAAAAUUCCACUAAAGGAAUCAAAAGUCCCACCAUAAGUCUUCUUCCUACCGAUCAAAACAUUCGUAGCAAUCCCUAGAGCACAUUCUCUAAAUCUCCAUUACCUUCCUUCUCCACUCCUCAUGGCAUCGAACACCACCGACAACUCUCAGCAAAGACCCCGUCAAAGAAACGGACCUCCUCCACCGCGCCGACACGGAAGAAACCCGCCGCCUCCUCGGUAUCAACAAACGACUCCUCCUCCUCAGGCUACUCCUCAGGAGAAGAAGAAACCAGUCUUCGUCAAGGUCGAUCAGCUCAAACCAGGCACGAGCGGACACACUCUAACCGUCAAAGUCGUCGAUCAAACCUCCGUUCCUCAGAAACCCAACGCCGCCGCUUCUUCUCACCUCCGACCUAAUCGGAUCUCAGAGUGUCUCGUCGGAGACGAGACUGCUUCCAUCCUCUUCACCGCUCGCAACGAUCAAGUGGAUUUGAUGAAGCCAGGAGCUACUGUGAAUCUCCGGAAUGCUAAAAUUGAUAUGUUCAAGGGGUCGAUGAGGCUUGCUGUUGAUAAAUGGGGUCGUAUUGAGGUUACUGAACCGGUUGAGAUGAGUGUUAAAGUGGAUAAUAAUCUGUCUCUUGUGGAGUAUGAGCUUGUUAAUGUUGAUGAAUGAUCUCUGUCUGAUAAGGGUAUGUUUCAAGCGCCACAAUGGGUUUUGUUUUUGUGGUUUGUAUCGGGCGAAAUGUUGAAAAAGGUGGAGGAGACUAUAUGUUUUAUCUUAUGACAGUUGCAAGUUUGGUGCGCAAUAUAUCAUAAUGGGUAUGUACUCUUUCAGUUGUGGAUGCUUUUUGUAACAUCUUCUCUCUGCUUUUGUAUGGUUAUUGAACAGAGAGGUUAAUGAAAAAACUUGGUAAAGAGUUUUGUGUGUGCAUUAUUGUCUUGUUUAUUAGUCA